GACACAUGAUUUGCUCUUAAUAAAUGUCCAUGACAAGUCUUUAAAUGAAGAAAUCUGAUGCUGAUUUCAUUGAAAUAAGUUUACAUGUUAUUGUUUCUGUAUAUGUUCAUCUCUAAUAUUUUUUGGUAAUAAAUUAUAUUUUCUUGACCAAAAAAUGAAAUAAAAUACUUGAACCCCAUAUCUGCAAUUAAACUCUUCCUGUUUCAGAUUUAAGGAAAGAAAAAAAGGAGACUCUUCUAUUUCUUCUUCUUCUUCUUCUGUCACUCUUUAGCUAAUCCUAUUUUUCUCAACUUCCCGUAAUGCCCCUUCGGAAUCGCCAAAUUUUCUAUUCCUUCCAUUCCCUCUCAUCUUCAACACAUACCCUUUUAGCAGAGAAAGCCCUAACCUUUCUCAAACGCCAUCCUUACCAACUAAAUUGCCUCGCUUCUCAAUUUACCCCCGAGGCAGCUUCUAAUUUACUACUCAAAUCCCAGAAUGACCAAACCCUGAUUUUAAAAUUCCUAAACUGGGCUCAACCCCAUCAUUUUUUCAAUUCUCACUGUAAAUGUCUUGCCCUUCACAUUUUGACCAAAUUCAAACUCUAUAAAACAGCACAAACCCUGGCUCAGGACUUAGCCAUCGUUACGAUUGAUGAUAAUGGUGAAUUUGUCUUUCAAUGCCUUAAAGAUACAUACUUUUUAUGUAACUCAAGCUCUGCUGUUUUCGAUUUAGUGGUAAAAUCUUAUUCCCAUUUGAAUUUCAUUGAUAAGGCUUUAAAGAUUGUUUCUUUAGCUAAAGUUAAUGGAUUUAUGCCUGGUGUUUUGUCUUAUAAUGCUAUCUUAGAUUCACUUAUUAGGUGUAAAAAACCAAUUAGAUUUGCUGAAAAAGUGUACAGCGAAAUGAUUGCAAGUGGGGUUUCUUUAAAUGUGUUUAGUUAUAAUAUUUUGAUUAGGGGAUUUUGCAGUGCGGGCGAUUUAGAAAUGGGUUUAAGGUUUUUUAAGGAAAUGGAGAGGAAUGGGUGUUUGCCUAAUGUGGUUACUUAUAAUACUAUGAUUGACGGAUACUGUAAGUUGAAGAGGAUUGAUGAAGCAUUUGGUUUUCUGAGAUCAAUGGGAUUGAAAGGUCUGGAGCCUAAUUUGAUUACGUUUAAUAUGAUUAUUAAUGGGUUGUGUAGAGAUGGAAGGCUGAAGGAAACAAGUGAGGUUCUUGUGGAGAUGAGUCGUAAGGGUUAUGUUCCUGACGAAGUAACUUAUAAUACACUUGUCAAUGGAUAUUGCAAGGAGGGUAAUUUUCACCAAGCUCUUGUUUUGCAUGCAGAGAUGGUGAGAAAUGGUCUAUCACCCAAUGUUGUUACAUAUACUUCAUUAAUUAAUAGUAUGUGUAAGGCUGGAAAUUUGAAUCGAGCAAUGGAGUUUUUUGAUCAGAUGCAUGUCAGAGGACUUUGUCCAAAUGAGAGGACAUACACGACAAUUAUCAAUGGGUUCGCGCAACAGGGACUCUUGGAUGAGGCGUACCGGGUUUUAAAUGAAAUGACCAGGAGUGGAUUUAUACCUUCAAUUGUGACUUAUAAUGCCCUCAUUAAUGGACAUUGUGUUUUGGGGAGGAUGGAGGAGGCCAUAGGAUUAUUACAAGACAUGGUGGGCAAAGGGGUAUUACCUGAUGUUGUAAGUUAUAGCACUAUCAUAUCUGGAUUUGCUCGUAAUCAAGAGUUGGACAGGGCAUUUCAAAUGAAGGUGGAGAUGAUUGGCAAAAGUGUUUUGCCAGAUGCUGUUACCUAUUCAUCACUUAUUCAAGGUCUGUGUGAACAAAGAAGGCUAACUGAAGCUUGUGAUAUGUUCCAAGAGAUGUUGACUAUAAAGCUGCCUCCUGAUGAAUUCACUUAUACGACUUUGAUCAAUGCUUAUUGUAAAGAAGGCGAUUUGAACAAGGCUCUUCAUUUGCAUGAUGAAAUGAUACAGAAAGGCUUUCUACCUGAUGCUGUUACUUACAACGUGCUUAUAAAUGGACUUAAUAAACAAGCUCGAUCGAAGGAAGCGAGGAGGCUUCUGCUUAAGUUGUUUUAUGAUGAUUCUAUCCCUUCUGCUGUAACAUAUAACACACUGAUAGAAAACUGCUGCAAUAUUGAAUUUAAGAGUGCAGUAGCUCUUGUGAAAGGAUUUUGCAUGAAAGGUUUGAUGGAUGAAGCAGAUCAAGUUUUUGAAUCAAUGAUUAACAAAAAUCAUAAACCAAAUGAAGCCAUUUAUAAUGUUAUUAUACAUGGUCAUUGUAGAAUUGGAAAUGUUCUGAAGGCAUACAAGCUUUACAAGGAAAUGGUUCAUGUUGAUUUUGUUCCUCAUACUGUCACCGUUUUGGCUUUGGUAAAAGCACUUUUCACAGAGGGGAUGGAUGGGGAGUUAAAUGAAGUCAUAGGAGACAUAUUAAGAAGCUGCAAGCUGACUGAUGCUGAGCUUUCUAAGGUGCUUGUUGAAAUCAAUCAAAAAGAAGGGAAUAUGGAUAUGGUUUUUAAUCUGCUUACUGAAAUGGCCAAGGAUGGACUCAUUCCAAGUACUGGAACUCCUACUAAUGCUAUUGCUAGGGGAUAGUCUGGUUUACAGAUAAUUCAUCCUAUCUGCAUUCAAAUAUUCACUAAGUGUACUUUGUCCUUUUAAGAACAUAAUGAAGUGAGCUAAAUUCCAUAGUUUCCUUGCUUUUGCCGUUCUGAUACCUAAAGUCGAGUCCUGUGGGCCCUGCAAAGGAUCCUGAUCCUGACACUUACACACAUUUCCUCUGAUACAGAUGCUGCUUGUUAAAUUGAGUGCCUGAUGACUGUUGAAGAAUGGCUGUAACAAAUCUUCCUGCUUGAUUAAUACAGCUUUCAUCUUUCUUUGGUGAGUUUCUGAAAACUAUGAACAGCAUACAUAUAGAAGAAGAGGAGCUAUAAAGCUGAAGCAACACAGGCUUGUUUCGUUGCCGGGCUUGAGUGCCACAGAAUAGAUUAGCAGUGCUUCACAUUGCCUUUUUGCCGUUCCUGAAGCCAAUAAUAUGGCUUUGAGAAUUGUCUCCAGUAUUUUUUAUUCAAACUCAGAUUAGUUUUCAGCAACUUUAUGUAAGUUCCAUAUGGUUGCCAAAUUUGAUUUAUGCUUCCAUAUUAGUAUCCUGUAUUAGCAAGAGAGAACCAAGAUGGCUAUUCGACUGUGUAUCCACCCUAGAAUUUGCUGAAAACUAAAUUAGCAUUGGAUCUUUCACAAUCCACAUGCGCCACAGCAAA